GAGAGAAAGAGAGCUUUUUUUUUUUUUUUUUUUUUUUUUUUUACUGGUCGAAAUUCGAAGGAGAUUGGUUCUGCAUUAUUGGUGUUUAAAGCUUUGAAUUCAGACACUUUGAUUCGCUGACUUCUGUGACUCAAUUUUUCCGGGCUCAUGGUUUUACUUUUACGUGUACGGAAAAUAUGUAAAGCUGAAUUGUUGGUCAAGAAAAUUUUCUUCCCAAGUGUUUGAAGCAAUAAUUGAGAGCAAUUACAUAAUUUGGAGCUAUUCGAUUUAUUCGAGGAAGUGAAUGCGCCUUCGAUCUUUCUCUUCUCUCUAGUACGCGGAUCUGAGAAGCACCAGUGAGAAUUUGAGGCUCCAACGUUCCAAUUCCGCUUUGAGAGUUCUGAAUUUUCGAAGAAUUCAAUUAUUAGUCAGAGAAUUCACUGAAUUUGAGGCUCUGAGGAUACUUUCUUUACAUAAUUCAGUUCAAAAAAAAAAAAAAAAAAGACAUGGAGCUUCCUCAACCUCGUCCCUUUGGAACCGCAGGACGAAAACCAACACAUGAUUUUCUGUCACUGUACACUCAUUCAACUGCCCAGCAAGAUCCAAGGCCAUCUUCUCAAGGAAGUUACCUCAAAACUCAUGAUUUCUUGCAACCAUUAGAGCGGAUAGGAAAGACCAGUGCAAAGGAAGAAACCACAGCUGAGAUAUCAUCGGUGGAAAAGCCACCGCCUCCGGCACCACCGCCUUCGGUGGAGCACACUCUCCCCGGAGGGAUUGGGACUUACACUAUAAGCCACAUUUCAUCCUAUUUUAAUCAAAGGGUUCCAAAGCCAGAGGGGUCAAUAUAUACAGUAGCACAAACAAGUAGUACAGAUAGGAAUGAUGAAAAUUCCAACUCCAGUUCUUAUACAGGAAGUGGGUUCACAUUGUGGGAAGAAUCUGCGUUGAAAAAGGGAAAGACAGGGAAGGAGAAUAUGGGUGAAAAACCAGUCACAAGAGAAGCUGGGGCGAAGUUGAGUGGACAACAAUGGACGACGUCGUCAGAGAGGCCAUCACUGUCGUCUAACAGUAACAACAACAACAACAACGACAACCACCGCAACAGCUUCAGCUCUCUCUCUUCCUCUCAGGCUACAGGGCAGAAGAACAAGAACAAAAGCUUCAUGGAAAUGAUCAAAUCCGCACAAGGUAGUACCCAUGAAGAUGACAUAAUAAUAGACGAUGAGGAAGAGUUUGUCCUUAAGAAAGAGCCCUCUACUCCUGUUGCUACUACAGCUACUACUACUCCCCACAUAGGGGAGCUGAGGGUAAAAGUGGACGGGAAGAGCUCUGAUCAGAAGGCUAACACGCCACGUUCCAAGCAUUCUGCAACAGAGCAGCGUAGAAGGAGUAAAAUUAAUGAUAGAUUUCAGAUGUUGAGGGAACUCAUUCCUAAUAGUGACCAAAAGAGAGAUAAGGCAUCAUUUUUAUUAGAGGUUAUCGAGUACAUUCAGUUUUUACAGGAGAAAGUACACAAGUAUGAGGGGUCAUACCAAGGAUGGAGCCAUGAACCGGCAAAAUUGAUGCCAUGGAGAAACAAUCACAGACCAGCAGAAAGUUAUGUUGAUCAAUCACGAGGUGUAAAUAAUGCGUCUGCUCCUGCAUUAGUGUUUGCUGGGAAGUUUGAUGAGAAAAAUAUCUGCGUCUCUCCAACCAUUGCUGGGAGUGCACAGAACCCAGUAGAAUCUGACAUAAGUACUGCCACUACCUUUAAACAGAUGGAUAACCACCCCAUAAUCACCAAUAAGGGAAUACCCUUUCCUAUGUCGCUGCAGCCAAAUGUCUUCACACCUGUCAGGAUUAGUGGUGCAGUACCUCAACUUCCUCCUAAAUUGGCAUCUGAUGCAGAAAACAUUUCAUCUCAUCCUCAACCACAGUUAUGUCAACUGAGAUCAUGUCCUACUGAUGGCGGCACAACUAGUGACAAGCCAAAAGAACAGGACUUGACUGUUGAAGGUGGUACCAUUAGCAUAUCAAGUGUGUAUUCUCAAGGGUUGUUAAAUACUCUGACAGAAGCACUGCAGAGUUCUGGAGUGGAUUUGUCACAAGCCAGUAUCUCAGUACAAAUUGAGCUUGGAAAGCAAUCUAAUGGUAGAGCGACCAGACCACCAUCUGUUGUAAAGGUUAAUGAGGUUCCAACUAGCAAUCAGGGGACAAUACGCUCUAGAGUUGCAAGUGCUGAAGACUCUGACCAAGCCCGAAAGAAGUUCAAGACAGGCAAAAGCUAAAAUGACAGUUUCACUAUUUUCUUAUUUUUCUAAUUGUAUUAAUUGAUUUUUUUGGGUAGCCUAGAUCAUCUUGGGAGGGUUUAUUCAUGUCUUCUGCUGGUUUAUAAACUACCCAGUUGAGACCAAGAUUGAUUGUUUGUACAUGUAGCAUCUUUCAAUUAGUUUGUUGGGAUCCACAUAUUUCCCAGCAAAAUAAUAUGUAUUAUUUAUUUUCUAUUUGUUGUCAUCAUAGAGGCUUCCAUGUAAGAUUGAGAAGCUGCUUUUUCAUUUAAAGCUUCCAUUCUUGUAAAGUUUCUUUCAAUAUUAUUUUUCUUGAUUCCUGAAAUGUAAGAGAAUUUUUUUAAUUGAAGGGUGCUGUAACAUUUUUUAU